AUUUCCACGCAGUGAAUAAGCGGUUUCCACUGGUUUUCUCAUCAGCGUGUGGCGUGUCAGGUUUUUGUCGUGCUGGCUGCGAUUGCGCGAAGAAGAUGCUCGAACCUGCUUGCCGCUGCCGGCAACCGCACUAGCGUGCCAAGCCGUUGAUGUCAGCCUGGUGCCCUGUGCCCUCACUGCCACCGCCGCCUACUUAAACCUCCACCUCGCCCCCAUCAGCUUCUUCUCUUCCACACACCUGCAACACUCUCACCGCACUACACCCCACUGCUACUCACACACUCUUACCACCACCAAACAAGCUCAUACAAACCAGCAAAGAUGCAGAUCUUCGUCAAGACCCUCACCGGCAAGACCAUCACCCUUGAGGUUGAGUCCUCUGACACCAUUGACAAUGUCAAGACCAAGAUCCAGGACAAGGAAGGCAUCCCGCCUGACCAGCAGCGCCUGAUCUUCGCCGGCAAGCAGCUGGAAGAUGGUCGCACUCUGUCCGACUACAACAUCCAGAAGGAGUCGACUCUCCAUCUAGUUCUCCGCCUGCGCGGUGGAAUGCAGAUCUUCGUGAAGACUCUGACCGGCAAGACCAUCACCCUCGAGGUUGAGUCAUCUGACACUAUCGACAAUGUUAAGACGAAGAUCCAAGACAAGGAGGGAAUUCCACCAGACCAGCAGCGCUUGAUCUUCGCCGGCAAGCAGCUCGAGGAUGGCCGAACCCUUUCCGACUACAACAUCCAGAAGGAGUCAACCCUUCACUUGGUCCUCCGUCUCCGUGGUGGCAUGCAGAUUUUCGUCAAGACGCUCACCGGCAAGACCAUCACGCUCGAAGUUGAAUCCUCGGAUACGAUCGACAAUGUGAAGACUAAGAUCCAGGACAAGGAGGGUAUUCCUCCGGACCAGCAGCGUCUUAUCUUCGCGGGCAAGCAACUCGAGGACGGUCGAACUCUAUCCGACUACAACAUUCAGAAGGAAUCUACCCUUCACUUGGUCCUCCGUCUCCGUGGUGGCAUGCAAAUCUUCGUCAAGACCCUGACCGGAAAGACGAUCACGUUGGAAGUCGAAUCCUCGGAUACGAUCGAUAACGUGAAGACCAAGAUUCAGGACAAGGAGGGCAUUCCCCCAGAUCAGCAGCGACUCAUCUUCGCCGGCAAGCAGCUCGAGGACGGCCGGACACUCUCGGAUUACAACAUCCAGAAGGAGUCCACUCUGCACUUGGUGCUUCGUCUGCGCGGUGGCCAGUAGGGGAGUGAUCGUUUUGGACAUUCGCGGGCGGCGUUCAGGUCGGCAUCUGGCAUGGAUCCAGGGGUCUGAUCGUUAGUUGAGCACCAGUCUUGUUCGACUGGGCGAGUUGCACAAUGCAAGGGCUUAAGGCCUGAUAUUCUCUAUGCACACAAUGGCUUUUAUAAACGUGACUGAAAAUCCAAAAUCUGCAAACGUGAACAACCGCGCGAAUGCUUGCCCAGCCAUUCUGUCCGCCUUUCAACACCUUUGGAAUGCUGCCAACAUGUCCAUAUCUCUGACUCGCAGGUGAUAGCUGGAGUCUCGCCACUUUAUUUGUAGCAG